AUGUCUACAACCGAAAACUAUUUUGUUUUGGAUCCGCGUGGAGCCACCUUCUCGGAUCUGAUACGUCUUCUCUUCUCCUCAGAUCUCAGGAAUAGAAGGUUUAUCCACUCUUCUGAAGAUAGGCUUGAAGAUAAUGAUCCAUGCAAGUUCCAGAGACGAUGGAUCAUCUUUGUAUCCAUCGUGAUUCAGAAACUCAUGCUUGUCCUAAGGAAACCUCUCUACUUUUUUGGAUACUCUCUUGGUUUUUGGUUCAACCUUCUUUAUAUCAAUGGUGGCUUCUUCAUGAUUCUCCCAAAUCUUUUCAACGGAAAGAUUAUGUGGCCAGAAGAAACAUCGGCGACAUUUGCAUCUCUAAACGGAAACCUAGACGGGCGAGUAGAGUUAGACGGGAGAAUAGAGAGAGGAAGUAAAAGAUACAAAACAAUGUUGUCAGCCAUGGCAUCUAAGCUUUCUUACGAGAACAUAAACUUUGUCAGCUCUGUUCUUCACAACCAUUGUAAGAUGGACUUAUUGGGUUUCUACAGCUGUUGGAAUGGUUACCAGGAACAGAGGUCAACGGAGGUUCUUGUGAUAAAGGACACAAACGCAGAUCCAAACCUCAUCGUUGUCAGUUUCAGAGGGACCGAUCCUUUCGAUGUCACCGACUUGUGUACCGACUUGGAUCUCUCAUGGUACGAAAUUAAGAAUGUGGGAAAGAUCCAUGGAGGAUUCAUGAAAGCUUUAGGACUUCAAAAAGAAGGAUUACCUAAAGAAGUAAACUUAGAUCAAACCCAAAAAGAAAUAACUCCAUACGCAUACUAUACUAUUAAGAGCCACUUAAAAGAGAUUCUCGAUCAAAAUCCGAAAUCCAAGUUUAUUCUGACCGGACACAGCCUAGGUGGAGCCCUAGCGAUCCUAUUUACGGGGGCGUUGAUGAUGCAUGACGAAGAGGAAAUGCUAGACAAGCUCCAAGGUGUUUACACAUUUGGGCAGCCACGUGUAGGAGACGAGGAGUUUGGAAAGUUCAUGAAAGAUUCGUUGAAGAAGUAUGAGGUCGACUACGAAAGAUACGUUUAUUGCAACGACAUGGUUCCUAGGUUACCUUUUGACGACAAGACGCUUAUGUUCAAACACUUUGGGGCAUGCCAUUACUAUAACAGUUUCUAUAGAGGAAAGAUAGAAGAAGAGGAGCCAAACAAAAACUACUUCAGUGUCGUGUGGGCCAUACCGAAGAUUAUGAAUUCAGUGUGGGAGUUGAUAAGGAGUUUCAUCAUACCUUAUUGGAAAGGUGAAGAAUACAGAGAAGGAUGGUUCUUGAAGUUUUAUAGGGUUCUCGGAUUGUUAAUUCCGGGAUUAUCUGCUCACGCUCCUAAUGAGUACGUCAAUGUUACACUUUUGGGAAACUUAUUUGACUCAUACCAUGACUAG